AUGACCGAUACUGAAUCUGGGAAACGAAAGGCCUCCACGGCCGGUCUCUCCGCUCAUAACCGUCCCGUGAAGAGACGCGCCUCGAAGGCUUGCUGUUGUUGCCGUGCCCGUAAAGUGCGCUGUGAUGUGGUGGAGAAUGGCUCUCCAUGCACGAAUUGCCGGUUAGACCAGGUCGAGUGCGUGGUCACCGAGAGUAAACGCAGAAAGAAGUCUCGCAUUGAGAUAGAGAACCUUUCGGAGUCUCCGGAGGGCUCGGAGGAGAAUCCUUUCUCCCGCCUUAGUGAUCUUUCAGGAUUGGCCGAUUUGGUACCGACAUCUCCCUCGCAAGCCUCUGUGGAUCUUGACCACGGUCAACAUAUGCCUCAUCUACUAUAUCAAAAUCAGGCUCAACGCAUCGGUUCCGACGACCACUAUCGACGCCGCAUGGCUCCGAACCCAGCCGUUCCCGCUUCAAUGCCAUUAGCCAAUGUGACCUCGCAAAUCCAACAACUAUUAGACCCCAAUUUCGGCAAUACGAGACCCGGGAGUGGUUUCCUCCCGGAUUACAUCCGAGGACUUCCCGCACGACUUCAGAAAGAGGAUAUUGACUACUUGGCCGUCAAGGGUGCCUUGACUAUCCCCGAUGUGACACUACGGAACGAACUCUUGAAAAGCUAUAUUCACUAUGUCCACACAUAUAUGCCCUUGCUCGAUCUGGAGGAGUUCCUGCAGAAUAUCGUCCAGAAUGAUGGAAUCCACCGCAUCAGUCUGCUUCUCUUCCAGGCUGUCAUGUUUGCCGGUGUGGCCUUCAUUGAUAUGAAGCAUCUGCAGGCCGCCGGCUACCAGACUCGCAAGGUCGCCCGGAAAGUCUUCUUCCAGCGUGCUCGUCUCCUAUACGAUUUCGACUACGAGGUGGACCGCAUCUCGCUUGUUCAAUCGCUUCUGCUCAUGACCUACUGGUACGAAACUCCCGACGACCAAAAGGACACUUGGCAUUGGAUGGGGGUGAGUCUAUCUUUAGCCCACACAAUCGGCCUUCACCGGGAUCCCGGCAACUCGCGGAUGGAUAUCCGUCGGCAACGCAUGUGGAAGCGGAUAUGGUGGAGCACCUACACCCGUGACCGACUGAUUGCCCUAGGCAUGCGACGGCCUAUGCGUGUCAAGGAUGACGAUUGUGAUGUGCCUAUGCUGAGUCUCGAUGACUUCGAAUUCCACCCUUUCUCCCCCGAGAUCGUGGCGAUUGUUGGCAACUCGGAGAUUCUCCAGAAUGUCAGCCACCAGCGCGAGCUCGCCUUGAUGUUCAUCGAGAAAGCGAAGCUCUGCCUCUGCGUCAGCCAUGUAUUAUCUGCCCAGUACUCGGUCCUCAGCCAUAAGUUUGGUGGCACCAUGGAGACCACCAUGAUGCUCGUCCCGAAGAAAUCCACCGCGGAGACCUUCGAGGUACGAAGUUGUGACCAGGAAUUGGAGGACUGGCUGGCCAACCUCCCCGUCGAAACCCAAUAUGCACCAUCCAACGGAUCGAAACUAUCCGAAGCAGACGAAGUGCUUCACUCCCAUCGCGCUUUGUUGAAGAUGGUCUAUCUCACCACAUCUAGCGCUCUGCACCGCCCGCAAGUCCUCCCCGCCGUUCCCUACCCAUCCGCAGACGCCGAACUCCAAGACAUGUCCCGAAAGAAGGUGCGAUUCGCCGCAGUCGAGAUCACUGCCAUCGCCCAGGACUUGCAUUGCCUCGACCUGACCCGGUACUACCCCACCACCGGUGUCACAGUCCUUCUACCAGCCGUCAUCAUACAUCUCCUCGACAUCAAGUCCACCGACCCAAGCAUCCGCAUGACAAGCCUCCAGCGCUUCUAUCAAUGCAUGCGAAUCCUCCAACGCCUGCGCGAAAUCUACGCCUCUGCCGACUUCGCCACCUCCUUCCUCGAAGCCGCAAUUCGCAAAGCAGGCAUUCAGCUUACUAUCUCUCCCCAAGACAUCCAGCCUUCUCCAGCCUCAUCAAAUCCCCGCGAACAACCUACCACAUCCUCAGAUCCCUUCAAUCUCUCUACGACCACCAACACCACCAUCCCCUCCCGCCUGCACACCCUCACGCCCCCGCCGGAUUCCCUCGCUCAGAAGAUCCCGGAUCUCACAUACCCCAAACUCUCCGGUCCUUCCGCGGGCGGACGGUCUACCGGAGACAUUUUUGCUUCGACACCACCGCACUCCGACGGAAGCGAGAACGGCAGCACCAAUAACCUCAAUCUGAAUGCCAACCACAACAAGGACCCCAAUGCCUUUGCUAUGCCCUCUGAAAUGAGUCUCACCGAACUCAUGGAUCUGGCAAAUGAUGCCGAAGUCACCCAGAAUGACUUCGAUGCACUUAUUAACUUUGACGAUCCGGGCAACACCGAUUUCUUUGCCGAUGACAACGCACAACCAAACGGUCUCCCGACCCAUGAGAAGGGCUUUGAUUUUGAGGUUGAUAACGUGAACAUGAUGGGCUUCGAUGCUGAAACUAAGACUGUUGAUUUCGCCCAUCUGGCGGGGAACGGUAUGUCCGAGCAUGAGUCUAUGAAGCUUUCAGAAUGA